AUGAAAAGUCGCGCUCCUCUUCCUGUUCCCUCAGGAACCCCGUCGCUGCAGAACGGCCAUUCCCGCAGUCAGUCCGGCCUCGAAAUGGCUGCCCGGAGUCCUCCCAAUCAGAGCAAUACGAAGCAUGUGCCUUGCAAAUUCUUUCGCCAGGGAGCUUGCCAGGCCGGGCCUGCCUGUCCUUUUUUACACUCCACGGAUGCUGCCAUUGAUUAUGCGCCCUGCAAAUAUUUUACCAAGGGUAAUUGCAAGUUCGGAGCAAAAUGUGCGCUGGCGCAUGUCCUGCCUGAUGGUCGUCGAGUGAAUCGUCCUACCCCGGGCAUGGGAAUGGGCGGAGGCCAUCUCAAUCUGGGCGGACGCGUUAACCCUCAGGCAUAUGUUAACCAGGAUUCUGCCUUGACGAACUCGGUGCUAUCUCAACAACGGAUGAACAGUCACGAUCCUCGCUAUGUUUCGCAGUUACCUCCCCAGGAGGAGUUCACUGCGCUUCAUGCCCAGCCGGCCCCGCCGCCGUACGAUGCUAUCCCAACAUUUGAUACUGGGUUGGCCUCAGAUGCCGGUUCGAAGUAUGGAUCGCCUGUGGACGAUAUCCGAUUCCCCCUGUCCCCUAAUCACCGCCACUUGACGGCUCUUGACGCACCGCUUCCUGCAUCGUUCGAUAGUCAGGGGAUCUCACACGCCGCUCGCUACGGACCGGUCGCCGCGUCAAUGCCAUCCAAGUUUGGGCUCGAAUUGUCAUCCCCCCCAGCCCAGAGAUUGGGUGGUCCCUCCGAUGUCCUUCGGAACCUUCGUGACACAGCGUACGGAUCCGAUUUCAGGAAGCCCUCGUCCUUCAUAGGUUCCUCUCCGCCAGGCAUCCCCGAAGAUGGUCCAGGGCCAAGAUUUCUGCAUUCCUCGAGGCCAGUCAAGCCGCGCAUGCUGUCGGCGAGUGUUCCUCGGUCAACGGCUCUCGAUGAUUGGGAUGACAGUAACUUCCCGAUGGAGGAGGAUUAUCUGCCAAUGAACCUGCAUGAUGACGUUCUUACUCCCCAGGAGAAACUUCGGCGACUUUCGCGUACCGAUCAUGAACUCAGUUCCAGCCAUCGCGAUUUGAGUGGCCUUGGAAUGACUAGCACCAGUUUCUCGAAGAUUGGCUCCCCACUCGCGUCUAGUCCAUCGCGGUUUGGCGCUCUGUUUGCCAAGCAACGGCAGCAGAAGAAGGAAGAGGACUUUCAUGGUACAUCAUUCUCGCAUAUCGGGUCCCCUCUGCGCGAGUCCUCCUUGAGUCUAGGGACCAGCCCCAGCCUGGGUCCCAUCGGCAGCCGGCAGAUCUCUGGCGAUGUGUCUCCAUACAUCUCCGGCUCUGGCAGGCAGUCCUCGACAUCGAUGAUUUCUCAGCAGCUUAGCAGCAUGUCGCUGCACCCUGCUCCUACCCGUCAGUCUUCCGUAAUGAGCCACAGCAACCGCCUGGACCGUACCAUCUCUUCGCCAGUCAGCACAAGCAGGAUCGAUGAGGAGCAGAGUGACUUGGUCUUCUCAAUGGAGGAAGAGGACAGCAACAAACGCAACAGUGCUUCCUGGAGCCCUAACAAAGUGGAAUCCAACGACGGGGCAUCGACACCCACGAGCAACUCCGGAUUCCAGCCAUAG